UUGAUUGUAAUCCUCAAUACAGUUUCUGGUGAUCAGCUUGUGGUUUGGUUGAGGUUGGCUCCUAUAGCAAUCAUGGCCCUGUAUCCUCUCUGCAGAUCAAAUAUGCUGACUUGUACAUGCAUGACAUUGUUAAUAUUGGUUGUUUUGGAGGUGAGCCUAUCGAUUGUUUGCGUUUUAUUCAGAAAACAAAACAUGGAAAACCCUGCCUACUAUAUAGAAGAAAUUCCAGUAAUUAAAGCCGGAAUCGGUGAUGUCAGAACAAUGGCACUUGAUAAACCGAACGAACACCCUCCCUUCCUUGUUCUAAUGGCGCAAUGGCGCACAGGGUCCACUCUGCUCGGGCAGCUUUUCAAUCAGAAUCCAGAACUCUUCUACAUCUUCGAGCCACUCUGGCCAGUAACGAAGUUAGGGAAAUUCAAGAAUGUGACUGAAUGUAAAGAAAUAUCUAGAAAUAUUAUUCGUGGAUUCGCCAAGUGUGAGUUUCAACCUAACUUUGUGAAGGUCUUACGUAGCUGGGGAGGUGUUCCCCACAAUAAAGGUCUAUGCUUGAAUACUAGAUCUUGUAGAAUGGAUUCCGCGGAAGUCCUCGGGAACUUCUGCAAGUCAUUUAAAGGCAGACUUGCCACAAAGCUCAUUCGCGCUGAUCUAGAGCUUCUGAAGCCGCUGGUUGUUGAGGAUGAAAUUAAUCUUAGAAUCAUUCAUCUCGUACGUGAUCCCCGGGGGGUUUCUGCAUCAAGAAUCCAUUACUUGGAACACGUGAAAACGGAUAUUGUGGCAAAAGUGCGGCAGUUCUUUCCUCAUUCAGGACGUCUCAUGCCCCUUGGUCUCUUCGAUAACGAUGCCAUGCCUAAAUAUAUGCGUGACUUCCGGAAAAAGUACAGUAGGCCUAUGGGCAAUCCAACAGUUCAAGAGCUAUGCAGAUGGAUGAGGGAAAACACUUUUUCUUCAGCCUCUCUGCCUCUAUGGUUACGCGGACGAUACCUUUUAAUCAAGUAUGAGGACUUUGCCGAGUCACCAUUGACAGAAACGCAAAGGAUCUACGAUUUCAUAGGGAUGCCUCUUACACGAGAUCUCAAGAGAUUUGUCAACGAGACUACCCAUCCUAAAUUCAGCGACACCAAUACAUUUGGAACUUCUAAGAAUUCGAAAAAUACAGCAAAACAGUGGAUGAACGACCUUACUGUACUUGAAGAGAGGCAAAUCCUACAAGAAUGUUUGGAUGUUCUUCAGCUUCUGGGAUACGCAUAAAACUCAACAGAAAAACCCGCGAGCAUGUUGAGAGUGGUAUAUAGUACUGUUGUGAGCUUAUAACGAAAAUGUUAUAUUAUGUCAACAAAAUUUUACAAAUAGGAAUUAUUUUCGACUCCUUUGAGGCUUGUGUCCGGCUAGUGACCUUCAAAUAUGAUUUAAAAAUGACAUACUUUUGGUAGAUUUGGAAACAGUUUUUGGCUCUCCUGUAAAUUUGAGGUGGGGGACGAUUCCCCCCUUAUUUU